AUGCAUUCUUCUUUUCUGGUUGUACUGAUCUGCAUUGCCACUUUAUUCUCCGUUCAGGCGGCCCCGGUCCUGAAUAAACGUGGCGAUCACCAAGGUCAAGGCACUUUCUACAAUGUAGGCAUGGGGUCGUGUGGCAAAAAGAACAAAGACAGUCAAAUGGUAGCGGCGCUCAGUGGGCAAUUAAUGGACGAAAAUGAUUACUGCGGCAAAAAGAUCAAGGCUUCCACCAAACAUGGCUCGGUCACCGUCACCGUCGUUGACACAUGUCCCGAGUGCGAUAAACAUGAUAUCGACUUUAGCCCGGCCGCUUUCAAGAAACUUGGUGACUUGAACGAUGGCGUCCUGGACAUCAGUUGGCAAUUUGACUAG